GUUGGGGGAAAUGGACAGGGUCGUGCUGGGGUGGAUCGCUGUCUUCUGGCUAACAGCUGUGGCCGAAGGCCUCCAGGUGACAGUGCCCGACAAGAGGAAGGUGGCCAUGCUCUUCCAGCCCGCGGUGCUUCGCUGCCACUUCUCCACCUCCUCCCAUCGGCCUGCCGUCGUGCAGUGGAAGUUCAAGUCCUACUGCCAGGAUCGCGUCGGGGAGUCCUUGGGCAUGUCCUCCCCUCGGGCCCAGUCACUCAGCAAGAGGAACCUGGAAUGGGACCCCUACUUGGACUGUUUAGACAGCAGGAGGACAGUCCGAGUGGUGGCUUCAAAACAGGGCUCCACUGUCACCCUGGGAGACUUCUACAGGGGCAGAGAGAUCACCAUUGUUCACGAUGCAGAUCUUCAAAUUGGAAAGCUCAUGUGGGGUGACAGUGGCCUCUAUUACUGUGUCAUCACCACCCCCGAUGACCUGGAGGGCAAGAACGAGGACUCGGUGGAGCUGCUGGUGUUGGGCAGGACAGGGCUGCUUGCUGAUCUCUUGCCCAGUUUUGCUGUGGAGAUUAUGCCAGAGUGGGUGUUUGUGGGCCUGGUGAUCCUGGGAGUCUUCCUCUUCUUCGUCCUGGUGGGGAUCUGCUGGUGCCAGUGCUGUCCCCAUAGCUGCUGCUGCUACGUCCGCUGCCCGUGCUGCCCAGACUCCUGCUGCUGCCCUCAGGCCUUGUAUGAAGCAGGGAAAGCGGCCAAGGCCGGGUACCCUCCCUCUGUCUCCGGUGUCCCUGGCCCUUUCUCCAUCCCCUCUGUCCCUUUGGGAGGAACCCCCUCAUCUGGCAUGCUGAUGGACAAGCCGCAUCCACCUCCCUUGGCACCCAGUGACUCCACAGGAGGAAGCCACAGUGUUCGCAAAGGUUACCGGAUCCAAGCGGACAAAGAGAGAGACUCCAUGAAGGUCCUGUACUAUGUGGAGAAGGAGCUGGCUCAGUUUGACCCAGCCAGAAGGAUGCGAGGCAGAUAUAACAACACCAUCUCAGAACUCAGCUCCCUGCAUGAAGAGGACAGCAGCUUCCGCCAGUCUUACCAUCAGAUGAGGAGCAAGCARUUCCCCGUGUCUGGGGACCUGGAGAGCAAUCCUGACUACUGGUCGGGUGUCAUGGGAAGCAGCAGUGGGGCCAGCAGGGGACCCUCAGCCCUGGAGUAUAACAAAGAGGAUCGGGAGAGCUUCAGGCACAGCCAGCAGCGCUCCAAGUCCGAGAUGCUGUCGCGGAAGAACUUCGCCCCCGGGGUGCCCGCAGUCUCCAUGGACGAACUGGCGGCCUUCGCCGACUCCUACGGCCCGCGGCGCCACGCCGACGGCAAUGGCCUGGAGCCGCGGGCCGGCAGCCGCUUCGAGCGCGCGCGCACGGGCCUCCUCCAGGACGGGCCGCUGGAGGAGCUGUACGGGCGCGGCCGCAGCCGCGAGCCGCUGGACGCAGAGCGCGGCUGGCCGGAGGACGCGCCCCUGCCGCGCCUGGUGAGCCGCACGCCGGGCACCGCGCGCAAGUACGAGCACGCGUACCUGGGCGGCGCGUCCGAGCGGGCCGAGGGCGCGGGCCGCGGCGGCAGCCUGGAGACGCCCGCGCGGCGCGGCGCGCAGCUCGGCCCGCGCAGCGCCUCCUACUAUGCCUGGUCGCCGCCCGCCCCCUUCGAGUCCCGGCCCGGCGACGCGGAGCUCGAGCCCGACGACACGCUGCCGCCCUACAGCGAGCGGGAGCUGAGCCGCGGCCCGUCCUGGCGCAGCCGCGACCUGCCGCACCACGGCGGCUCGGAGAAGCGCAGGAAGAAGGAGCCCGCCAAGAAAACGAGUGAGUUUCCGACCAGGAUGUCCCUUGUGGUCUGAUGUUUUCAAGAUGUCUUUGGAGGACCAGAAGUCAGACACAGACUACAGCGACAAGAUGCAAGCCAGCAGGCCAGGA